UAGUCGGAACGUAUCUCUCAGUUGCAGGCCAGACCAAGACUGAAGAGCACAUUUCAGAACCGUUUCACGCGUGUGCACAAAAUUAUCGAAAAAAAUAGCAGCUUUUUUCAUCAAAACACCUUGGUGAUUUCAAAAGAUGAUGGGAAAUUCGAAUCGUCCAAGCGGUGUUGCAUCGAGUGAUGGAACGACAUAAGAAGGACAAAAGGCAAAGGAAGAAAGUUCCACGGGUACCAAUCAAGACUUAUAAGUGGGAAGACAUCAGAAGAGCGCGCUUGAGAGGUGGUUACCCUUGGACCUAUUUAUACAAAGAACCUUUUAACGAAAAUAUCGAUCCAAGAAUUUUCACAAUGGAAGCAAUGUCGAAAAGUAAAAGUUCGUCGCCUUUACCAAAAUCGACUGAAACUUUAGACAUUAAAGAAAUAACAGAAGACACGAAUAAUUUAAUACCGGAACCUUCGGGUUAUAUUGUCAUAACAGAAGUACCAAGUGAUUCAGAAAGUCAUUCCAAAAACGUAAACGAAGGUUCCGUCACCAUUGAAGACGUCGGAGAACCUGAAACCACAAAUUUAGAAUCCGCUGAAAGUUCAGAUAAUAUUAGUCAGUAUUUAGAUAAGGAAGAAGUCGUUGAACCCGUGCCAACUUCAACCAAAAUCGAAGAAAACGGACGCCAGGAGAGAGCCAAAUCUGAAGAACCAAAACGAAAGCGAAAACUAUCAAUAGACAGCAGCUACAGUCGAAAAAGUUUAUCCAAACUAGCAAUCAUGAAAAAGCUUAAAGAAGCCAAAGACAAAAUUAAAGUUCCUAAACUAAAUUUGCCAAAAUCACUGAAACACCCGCCUGAAAAAAGUACAAAUAAGCCUGAAGCUAAACCUAAAGAGGCGUUAAAACCUGACCCAAACCUGAAACCUGUUUACAUCCAUAUUCCCCUGAAACCACCAGAGGGAGAAACGGACGAGUUCUCCUACCUGGAAUUUGGUGAAAAGAAACCAGAACCAGAACCAAAAAUCGAGGAGAAACCACCAGAAGAAGAAAUACCAAAAAUCGAAAUCGAGGCUAGUUUUAAUGAGGAGAGACGGUUUAGUGGAGAUCCGGACGAUAUUGUGGCUUUUGAAAUCCUGAAAACUGAAACUAUAGACUUGGACCAUGCAAGCAAAAAUGGACUUUCAGGAGGAAGCGAUUAUCUAAUUAUUCAACAAGACGAUGAUGCCAAGAGUGAAAAUAUGAUCAUCAUAAUGCCUGGCACUGAAGACGAAACUAAAAGUCUCAAAACACCUUCCAGACAAGGGAGCAGAAAAAUUCGAGCCAAGUCGGCAGAACCUGAACGCAAGAGACGACCAUCUGUUGAUAGUAGUAGCAGUUUAUCAAAACUGAGUCUCAUGCAAAAAUUAAAAGAAUUCAAACUUCCAAAAUUAUCACUAUCACGGUCUGGCUCCAAAAAAGAACAAGAGAAAAAACCUGAAGUUAAAGAAACGAAACCAGAAGUGAAAAAAAUCGAACCGAAAGGUACUGAACCUAAGUACAUUCACAUACCGUUAAAACCACCCCCAGGACAAACCGACGAAUUUUCCUAUCUUGAAAAUGAAGAAAAGAAAGAAACUCAAAAGGAGGAUCCCUCAAAAGUUGAGGAAAGUUCAGUCGAAAUAAGUCCAACAAGUCCGAAAAAUGAAGGUGUCCAAUUUAUUUUCCUGACACCACCUUCAGAUGACGAAGUCUUGAAAGAACCCGAAGUCCCUGAAACACCCUCGUCUGAAACCAGCGAUGAGUCAAAACUCACCGAACUGAAAAAACUCGCCAAAGAUGCAGUUGAAAAAGUUUCACCCGAAUCACAGAAAAAAAUCCUGCAACCGGUUGAGGAAGAAACCGAUGCUAAAUCACUCGAAGAGGAAAAAAUGGUGGUGGAUGAAGAGGACGGUUUAAAACUAACCGAAUCAGCAAUGGCAUUACAAGAACAAAACAUCAAGGCCAAAGAAGUUGCCGAACUGAAAUCGAGUCUGAAAACCCCAGAGUCUCCAGUUUUGAAAAAGAAAGUUUCGUUUAAGAGACGCUCAAGAGAUGACUCUAAAGAUACGGAUUAUGAGGAAGUUCAAGCGCCUGAAGAAAAGGACCAAGAUGAUAAGAAGAAAUUGGAUGUGUUGGGGAACAGUCAGUCAAUGUCGGUUGAUGAGGAGAAGAGUUAUCUCGAUGAACAGAAAAUUAUUAAAAGUACUUCGCUCGAGGAGGAUUACAACAGAUGGUCAAAAUUAAGUGAUCACGAGUACGAACCAGUGAAUCCACCCCCCGACAUCCCAUCGGCAGCACCUCCCACCGUUCACGUAAUCGACUCAGAGCAGAACCUUCAGCCAAAACCAAUAAGUCUGGCCAGUAGCACAACAUCACUAGACCGCCGAAUGUUAGGUUCCGAACCCUUGCAAACAGCACCCGAUUACACAGUUGAAGAAAUCCAAACCGAAAUUGAAACCAAAUACUUUACCAAAACACCACCGAAACAAGAAACCACCACCACAGUACACACAGUCACAGUCACCCAAAAACCAAAAUCUGAAGGUCCCAGUAAACUACAACAAGCCCUCAAAACACAAACAGAUAAAUUCAAGACAAAACUACACGAGAUCAAGCUGCCUCCAAAACCACACUUGAAAAAACCAAAUUUCAAAUUCGAGAAACCUAAGUUCAAUUUACCGAAAAUUCCCGAUUCGGCGAAAGUCAAUCUACCUUCGUUUAGUUUGCCACGCAGAAAACGGUCUCUGAAACAACGACAAUACUCGACGGAAUCAAAUGCGGGCGAUUCCAAGACAAAUUAUUUCGAUUUUCGGACGUAUCCAAGACUAUUUAAGAAAAAACCUAAAGACGAUAAUUUCGAUUCGUUUGCGAAAAAUGAACGGGAAGUUUGUGAAUUUGCAACAGUUCCACGGACGAAACGAAAGCAAGAAAGUGAUGAUCGUUGGGGUGGCAGAGACUCCAUCCGAAUUCCUCUCCAUUCGGAAGAUUCGAUGGAAGAAGAAAGGGAAGACACGGCGUCUCAUAUCAGAUACGACCAAGAUAUCGAUAUUGACGAUGCCUACGAGAAGGAAAACCAGGAAAUACACUCCGCUUCGCCCUUUAGUCACAAUUACAACAGCCGAUGGGACCAUGGGAGCUUCCAUCCCGAACCCAACCAACAAGUCACUGAUUUAGACUCACCCAUUGAUAAGCCACAACCACAUGAGAGUUUUGACACCAACACGAGUAAAGACAUUCACUCGUCGGAAAGUUCCCUAGGGAUACAUCGACGAGGUGUUUUGGAAGAAAUUGAUUCAGAUGAGUUUUUCCUCCGACAGAAGGGAAUCUCACAGGAUAAUAUCGAAGUCGGGAUGUAUUUAAGCUCCGAAAUCCGGGAAGCUUUCAAAUCCCCUAAUAAUGCUCUAAAUGACUUGCAAACUGAACCUUACUCGUAUGAAACUCGCGCUUCGAAUACUUCACUCCCCGAGACUACGAAACGAAAAGUUGUGAAGAAACCUAAACGGAAGAAAACACCUCACGUGUCACAGGAACAAUUAUCCUUCGACCAGGACUCGGAACUUGAACUUGAAGCACCCCCUUCAAGACCAAAACGAAGAAGCAAAAGGAACAAGAAAAAGGAAGAAAUUGUACCGUAUCAAGAAACCAUAGCUGUUGAAGACGAAAAUCGAGUCAUGAUGUACGAGAAUGAGCAAAUGGAAGGAAAAGAACAACCGGAAAUCAAAAUCAGCGACCCUUACACCGGAUAUGAAAGUGAAGACGAAGAAUUUAAAGAAGAAGAAAAACAACCAAUGGCUCCGCCACGAAAACACCGCAGUUUAAAAAGUCUAAAUUACUCGGAACACGAAUCAAUCCUUGGGGAUUUUGACCAGGACCAGGACCAGGAUACUGAAGUUUACAAAACCGAACACGAGUACAUAAUCCCAGUCCCGGAGGAACCCCCCAUUCGCCCCUCACGAACCCUCUCCCGUUCCAGCUCCAAGUCAAUUCAAGACGAACCCCCUUCCCGACCUGCAAGAUCUCGCUCCAGAACCCGAUCACGAGCCGAAUCCUUGACUGAAGAACAACCGUGUGUUGAAGAAACAUGUGUCCAGGAUUUCCGAGACCAUAUGGGUUACGCAAUCGUUGAUAAGAACAUAAGAAGGGAACCACCAUUACCACCACCAAAAACUCCCCCACGUCGGAAACGUUCGAUUCAAUCCGAACAGAAAUUUUUCACUGUGCCUAGACCAGUCUCGGAGGAACCACCAGUACGACCCUUGAGGAAUUAUAGUACUUUGGGGCCCAGUAGACCACCGAGACGGAAACACCCUGUACCGAAUAUGACCGAUGAGGAGAAGGAAAAUAUCGAUAUAACACAGUAUAUUGAAAUUGAUGAGGAACCAAACAGGGAUUUACAAUCAGGGGUUGUGAUCCAGAAAAUGAAAGACCGGCCUUUGCCAGCACCUCCAAGGCCCCCUCGGAAUAAAACCAACAAGCCUUUGCACGACAUCACAAGUCAGGAAAAUAUCGCGGUUGAGGAAAGUGAAGAACAAAAAGAAGUUGUAGAGGAAACGGAAGCUUCGACUCAAACUACUGAGAUACGGUUGAUAACUCCAACAAACUACACAUAUGAAGAAGAAACCAUCACUCAUGGUAGUCUGGUUGUGGAGCCUUUAAACGGGGCUAAAAUCCUACCAGACCAUGAGUUUACCCGGAUUGAUAAACCCAAAGAACGGACGAUUCCGGUUGAGGAAGAAGAUGAAGAAACUUCCGAAAUCCCGGAAGAAUUUUCCAAACUGAAGGAUCCUCCACCGACAGUUACAGAACGCACUGUUAUAGUCCAACCUGAUUCAAACACCGAAGUUGAAGUUUUGAAAGCUCAGAAAUUACAAGUGAGCGAUUUGGAUAUCGAUCGACUAAACGUGAACGAACUAUUAGCCAGCAGAAUUGUAGUAUCAGAGAUCGACAGUGGAAGCAUCCAAACCAAUGAUCUGAGCUCCAAAAGUGGGGCCCUUAAAGUGGGCGAAAUCGAGCUACCUCCAGGUCUCAUCCAGCAACUCCUCGACAAGCUCCAACCACCAGCACCACCACAUGAAGAAUCAGCAUCACCAAGUGAACCACCCGAGCAAAAAAAAACUCCGAUUGAACAAGUAACUGACGUUCCCCCCCAGCGACCCCCUCGCAAAUCAUCACUAGUUCUAGACGACCCCCCUACCCUUUCAGUCGUUGAUUCCCCGACUGAUCACCCCCUUACCGUUUCAGAGCGCCCCCCAGAGCCCCCGGUGAGAAGCGUCUCGAUUGAGGAAACGCCGCCUCCGCGUCCCCCUGACCCCAUCUACAUGCCCCCUUCUUCACAGCCCCCUGCGAGUUUCUACGCUUUGCGAGCGCAACAAUUCGUGGAUGAGGACAUUCCUAUGGCGCCUUAUCGAAGGCGGCGUCAUCGUAAAACCCCCGUUUCUAGGUCGAGUUCGGAGGAGACGCCGCCCCCGGCACGACGACGUGUGCGCUCGCCUGAGCCCCCUUCCAUUCCCCAGCUGACGGGGCAAUUGGUGAGGGCGUGCGGAACGGCAGCUAAUUGCACGAUUAAAAGACUGAUUGCGCAUAUUCGGGAUAAUUUGAUACGGAAUGCGGAUGGGCAACAGGAUUUGCAUGUAAUGAUGGUGAUUUUGUUGGUUUUAAUUGCGGGAUUGAUUUUAUUAGCGGGUGAUGGGAAAACGGUGCAUCAUCAUCACUGGGAGUACUUUAAUCCGCCGAGGGACAUGUAAGGGAUUUUUCAAUGGAUUUGUUAUGUAAAUAAAUUUUUAGUCAAACUAUUAUUCAAUUUUUUAUUGUUAAUACUAUUAUAAUUAAGCGGGUUUUUUCUUAAUAAAUCACCUUACGUAAGUUUA